UUCAUUAACGCUGUCUCUUUAACCCGCUCGUGGCUGUGUCAGGUCAGCAUUCCGCGCACUGCAGUGACGUUGGCAUCCGCGGGCGUGACGGGAGUCUGUCUGUGAUUGCGCGACAGUGUUAUCCUGCAUGCUACUCGAGCUGUGGGACACGGCCUCAGCAUGCGUGAAUAUAAGCUUGUCGUCCUGGGCUCUGGAGGCGUUGGGAAGUCUGCAUUGACAGUCCAGUUUGUACAGGGAAUAUUUGUUGAAAAAUAUGACCCCACAAUAGAAGACUCGUAUAGAAAGCAAGUUGAGGUUGAUGGGCAGCAAUGUAUGCUAGAGAUCCUGGAUACUGCAGGCACAGAGCAGUUCACAGCGAUGAGGGACCUGUACAUGAAGAAUGGUCAGGGUUUUGCUCUGGUUUACUCCAUCACAGCACAGUCCACCUUCAAUGACCUGCAGGACCUACGGGAGCAGAUUUUAAGGGUGAAGGACACAGAGGAUGUGCCAAUGACCUUGGUUGGAAAUAAGUGUGAUUUAGAGGAUGAGAGGGUGGUCGGGAAAGAGCAGGGUCAGAAUCUUGCUCGUCAAUGGAGUAAUUGUGCCUUUCUAGAAUCUUCUGCCAAAUCAAAGAUCAAUGUCAACGAGAUCUUUUAUGACCUGGUAAGACAGAUAAACAGAAAGACGCCGGUGGAGAAGAAGAGAGCGAAAAAGAAGUCAAACUGCAUCCUGCUGUAACACAACCGCAUCACUGCAGCAGCUCUGAGCCAGAUUGCCGAAAUGAAGAACUGUUGCCCAGCUGGCCAACAUUCCAGUUCCUCUCUACAGUUAUUGGCCAAACAAUCAAUAAGGCAGAACACCACAGACUCCUCAACUAAAACACAGACUUGACAGAAAAAGAGAGAUGCAGCCUCUGCCUUUUCUUCCAGAACAGUCUUGAAAAUGUUCUCCCCCCCUGCUCUUUGCUUACCGUUUUUUUUGUUUUUUUUUUUGAAGGAGAUUCCACAAUGAGGAUCUGUGUCUGGAGCAAAAGCUCUGUCUGUGAUGUGGCAAAGGGGGGUUAGACUGUCUGGGAGAGGGUUCAGGACUUUCUUAAUGCCUACAUAAAGAAAGGGGACAUUUCAAAACAUGUUCAUGUUUAUAAAAUGAUCAGAAAUGUUUUUUUCCCCAUCAUGUUUGGAUUAUCAAUAAUCAUUUGUACAGAGAAGACGCUGUGUCCUUCAUUCAUCAAAAAAAAAAAAAAAUCCUGAGUGACUUUGACUCAUUUCUUUUCAUCUGAAAAAAAAUAGAAAAAUUAAAAAUGUCCUUUUUUUUCUUUAGGGUGGUAAUUUGAAAUGUGGAUCUGUCUAUCUUGAAGAUAAAGAUAUAUUGUAGCCACUGCAUUUUUUUCACAAUCAAAAUUACAAUAAUUUUCCAGCUUUUAAAGAUAAUUUUUUUAGUAUAUUUUCUUCCCUUUAUUUUCUUGGUGGUAUUUUGCGGUAGGCUGUAGCUCAGCCUGGGAUAAAUAUCAACCGUUUUGUGCCUGAGCAGGAGAAGAAUGAAAUCAGAUCUAGACUAUAAUGCAGAGAUAACUUCUCCUCCGAUAACCGCUAAACCAAUAAUUCAUAGUCAGUCCUUGACACUUCAUUUGCCAAGUUAGAUCAGUCCUGAUGUGUCAAAUAUAUAUUUUUUUGUUCUACUCCAUGGUUUAGUUGAACAUUUCAAGCAGUGUCUGGCUGGCUUUUGAUUUGUUUUUAAAGUAAUGUGUGCUUUGAUUUCUUUUUUUGACAUUGAUUUAAAUAAAUGUAUUUCAUAUUGA